AUGGAGCAUGCUCAGGCGCAUAAGGAGGUUGUCAUUGUCAACAGCCAGGUCCCUGUUCGAUUCUCUAACUCCUUAGUAAACCACCUCGAAACAUCAAAAGAGUCCAACACUACCCGAUCCGCUUCCCUUGAGCAACAUAUCCAAGAGCGGGUUCAGUCCGAGCUCGAGAGGCUUCGGGAACGUGAGGCCGAGGUUCUCGAGCGAGUGACUGCCGAGCUGACCCAGAAGAACAUCGAGACUGAGAAGAGCCAGGAUGCUGGAUUGAGCAGUGUCAUCGUCGAGAGUGACAUCGAGGCUCUGCGAAAGAAGUUCCAGAGCGGACCCAAGCUUAAGGAGGUUGAUGCGAAUGCCAAGGCUGCCAGGGAGGCUGUCGUUGCAUGCUUCAAGGCACACGAAGGGAGAAGCUUGGACUGUUGGUCGGAGGUUGAGGCUUUCAAGAGCGAGGUGAAGCGAUUGGAGACCGAGUUCGUGGCUUCCAACCAGUGA